AUCAAUUUAUUAUGAACUCGUCUCUAGGCUUGUCCUAUUUUGCUACCGACCCAACACGCUCCGUAUUUCUUUUAUGGUUCCAGGAAUAUUCACGUUGAAUAAGCAACCACUGAAAACACAGCGGAAACAAAAAUCAUGUCUGAAAUAUGAUAUCUAAUUUACGAACGGACAUUUUGUUGGUGUUUAUCUGUGGAAUAUUUCGAAAGAGAAUACAAUAAAACAUGUGCGUUAUCACUUCGUUUGUGGUAAUUUUUUGGAGCAUGAUGCUGUACGCUCCCAUUAAAGCGGAUUUCACCGUUGAAGGAUGCUACAAGGUGGAUGUCCAAAAUCGCAUCUUUGUGACGUCAGCUGGUGACUAUGACCCGAAUGCUAUUGACCACAAGACCUGUGCAGAUACCUGUGGCGCCCUUGAAUACCAGUAUGCUGCGCUGACGAUGGGUCGCUAUUGCCUCUGCAGUAGCGAUACCUACUCCGGUGGUGCCCAGACUGGCACCUGUGACCGCCCUUGCGGUGGUGACAGCGCUCAGUUUUGUGGUGGUUCCGGAAGCGACACGGUUCUCAGUAUCACCCUGACACGGGCUGCAGUGCAGCUCAACAGCACCAAUGAUGUCUUUGUUGUUGGUCAACCUCAGUCCCUUCAACCUGAUGUCACAGGAGAAGCAGUGACAACGUCAUUUGAGUAUGGUGAUGGAUCACCAGCCACGGCAGACGACGCAGUUCAGACGAAGAAUCAUGUGUAUGCACUUCCUGGUCUAUAUGUUGCUAGCAUCUUAGCCCAGAACAGCUAUUCGAGUGCCUUUGCAGGUGCGCAGAUCACUACCUACAUGGGUAUUACUGAUGUCGGUAUGGAUUGCCCGGAGGUAGUUGAACCAUCAACUUUGUUCUCCUGCUCGAUUACAGUUACAGACGGUUCUGAUAUGACCCUGACCACAAACAUCGGAAGUCCAUAUCACAUAGGGACACCAAAUAUUUUCUCAAUAGGGACUGUCUCCCAGUAUGCCUUGUCAACCCUUCAGUAUGAUACUGUGGCAUCUGAUACUGUGUGGAUUUUACCUGGCCAGGAAUUCCUUGAUAAUGGGGCUAUCCGAUCGGUCGAAGUCAAUGUUGAAACUACUGGGACAAUUCACUUUCUGAUCCUGGAACCAUUCUGUAGCGGUGCAGGUGAGAUAUACUGUCUCAUUGACAACCAGUGUUCAUCAUCUCCUUGUGGCUACGAUACCUUGAUGCCCACCAAUCCCUUGUACCAUGCCUCCUGCGAUUCAUCCACGCAUAUCUUCUGUUUAUCUGAACACCGCUGUGCAUCAAAAUCUGACGAGUCCGUCUGCGAGGCAGAACCAGAUCGGUACGUUACAUCAACGGGCGAUGCUUCGCGUGCAAGCUACAGGGUCAGACAUGUCAUUACCCAGACAGCUACCUCCACAGGCUACAACUACUUCGAGAUUCCGGUGGCAGACAGAACUGCCAUUGCGGAAAUCGGAGAUGUCUUGGGUUUCGCUGUUGAUGCAGGGACCGCCGAAGUCAGAUAUGAUACAAGUGAUGGAGCAGUGGCUUUCAGUCUCACAUCGUCAACGCCCACUGCAGGAAUGGAGUUUGUCUCUGGUCUUACCGCUGAGGCAAAACAAUUCCACAUUCGAAUGGCUGCUAUUGAUCCACUCUCUAUUGUUCUGGAGCAUGAGUACCCUGAUGUAGGGACAAACACCAUCUCAGUAAGGGUCAAUAACACCCUGGAUUCGGUCGGUGUCACAGCUGAUAGUGUGGUCGAGGUGCAGAUUCCUAUUCGCAAUUUGAUGAUAACCGUAUCACCAGACCAGCCAUACUUCUCUAGCGAAGCUGAUAUUUCAUUGACAGUUUCUGUUGAUUCGGGAGAUCCCAUAGACUUGGACAUUGACUGGGGAGAUGGCGAAAUACUUCAGUUAAAUAGAUCGUCUGUUCUGCCUGUAUUUGGCCACUUCUACAAUAUCUCAAAUGGCCAGAUAACUAUAACUGUGACUGCAUCCAAUCUCCAUGGAAAUGAGAGCACAUCUGAAACCAUCUACAUUCAACAUCCUGUACUCGAGGAACAUUACAAAAUCAUGCCGGACACCCCCGCUUCCCAUCCGUACCCCAGUCCAGAACAAGGUUACAUCAACAUUACAGUAGAACUCCUGGCAUCAAAUGGGAAACCAUACGGCACGGACCCAAACAUCUCCUUCAGUGGUGGUUACUAUGACAACAGUACCCAUGUCAUGACCUUAAACAACGAAGGAGAUCAGGAGAGUUACAUCAAUCCGGUCCAGUUCCCGGGCACCUUCUAUGUCACAGUGACCAUCGAGAAUCUUGUCUCUUCAAUCACGAUCAUUGAAAAGGUUGAGCUGUAUGGUGUGAUAUCCCCAGACAUCUACCUGAAAGUCCUCUACCAACCAGAAAUACCACCUGACGGUUCGCCAAUAGCAGAUUAUGGAAACAACUAUCCACUAGAGAGACCCAUAGUAUUUGAGCCUGUGUAUUCCUCCGGAACUAAUAUUACUUUUGAAUAUCUUGACUUUGGUGAUGCUGGUUCUGUGCCUGAGAAUACCACUGAGAGUACUCUUGUGCACCAUUAUUCAACGCCUGGAGAGCACACGGUAACCGUUGCCGCUAGCAACCCAGUCAGCGAGCGGUACUUCAUUACUGCCACAUUCCAACUUUUCAGGACAAUCCAUUCAAUAGAAGUAACAACUGGAGACAUCACCAUUCCUAACCAGCCCAAGAACUUCUCCAUCACUAUAGGUCAGAUCGGGUACAACUCGUGUCUGGCCAUUGACUAUGGCGACCACCAGACACCCAUAAUGUACGGUGAAGCGGUGUGCGAUGGUCACUGGAAGUCGCCAUUUGCAGACUAUAUAGGCCCUCUUACUAAUACCAUCAAUCUUCUACAUACAUACUCAGACAAUGGUAGUUUUAUAUUCACUGUGCGUGGGUUCAAUCUCGUUAGCGACAUCUCCAUUGAAGAAGCCUUUGCAGUGACGUAUCUCGAGUGCAACGUGCCAGCUGUAUCCUUCAGUGAUGCACACCCAUAUGCGACGUACCCGAGAUUAGUAGAGACCUUCAACUUUAUAGCUCUGAAGACUGAGACCGACAUCCGUUGUAAAAUACAUGACAACAUCAAGUCGUGGUCAGUGAGUGAAUACAACAGUACCAAUGGUGAGCUUAUCUCUGGUCUCUCUGUGAAUCUUACGGAGCUCGAACCGACUGACCAGUUCUAUAUCGGUGAAGCUAACACUGCAGACAUCAAACUGAAUCCGUACACCUACCCACCUGGGCACUACUGCAUAACAUACUGCGUUGCCAUGGAUAGUAGUAAACUAGAUGGUGUUGUCUUUAGGGCAUGUGCUCGGGAGUACAUACGUGUUUUGCCAUUCAAUCUUGAAGCCAGAGUUGUUGAUGGACAGCUGUCGUCAACCACGGUUGGUCAUGGACAGAUCUUCACUUUAGAUCCUGGGCGCUAUUCAUACGAUCCUUCUAUAGAUCGUGACUCUGACCAGGGAAUCACUGUUUUCAAGUACUACUGCAAGCGUUUCUACGAAGAAUUUCGACUCGACAUAAACAAGAACCUAGUCGACACACCUGUGGAAAUCACAAGUGAUGGAGGACUUGAUGGAGGCUGCUUCGGUACUGGGCCCGGGAGACUGAAUCAUGAUCAAAGUAUUCUCAAUCUCGAUACUGGAUUGAUGAACUAUAACAUGACCUAUGAUAUGACAGUGGUCAUCGAGAAAGGAACCGUCUUCGGUGAGGUCUCGUUUCAGCUGAAGAUUGUCAGUGGGAAUCCCCCUCAACCUGUCAUAAGGUUAUCCGAUGGAACGCCCUCAACCUCAGAUUUUAACGCGAUUAAAAUCAAUCCUUCAGAUGACCUUCGCUUAAGAUCAGAUUGUACUGCUGAUUGUGAUGAUGUGACAUACCAAUGGGAUAUGCUCUUUAACAAUGGUACUCACGUACUGCCCUUAACUGGUUGGGAAGGUUUAGCCACAGGUAUAACCACCGAUGCAGUCUAUAUCGAGCACUCGGCAUUCAAGCUUCAGUCAUCGGUAGUGAACUAUGUCAUCCAGCUUGCUGCUACCAAUGUUGGGGGAGUAGUUGGCAUCACAGAGAUUGAAGCCAAGUUGAACACACCCCCGGAAGGUGGUCAGUGUGAUGUCGAUUCUCGGUCCAUUGAGCUCGGUGAUUCUGUUUACAUCAAUUGUUUUGACUGGCAAGAUGAAGACGGCAUUUUCGCUUACAGAUUCUUCGCUGUUGAUGGUGAUAGCCGCCAGCUAAAGAUCGUAGUUAGCACGGGGCAGGCCUUGGUGCAACUCGGUGUUGGUUCAACGAACAACACCGUAGGAAUCAGCGUCGUUAUCAUAGAUCGCUAUGGAGCAGCCACAGAUGUUGAUCUAGGAAAUGUAUAUGUGGAUCCUGGACGGAAAGCAGAAAAUAUUCUUAACGAGAAUACUGUGACAGACCUUUUGAGUUCAUACAGUGAAUUAGAAGCCGAAGGGAGCUUAGUGAGUGUCACAGUAAGAACUGGAAUUGACAUUUCAGCACUGAAUUAUGAUGCAACAGUUACAAAUAGCAGAAUUGACACUGAAAUUGAAACACACUCUGUUAACCUAGGAACAGAAAACGAAACUGUUACAGAACUUUCAUCAUCCGCAAUACGGGAAUUAGAAGUACAGAAAUUACAGAAGACUUCGAUGCGUGCAUAUAUAAGAAGCCAGAUAGUCACAGUUCAAGCUGCUAUGGAAGUCAAUAACGUUGAAGAUGCCCAGAUAUUGGGAGCUUCUGCAGUAGCAGUUUCUUUAUUUACUAAUGAACUGUCUCAGUCUGCAUUGACCUCACUUAACACCGUUGCUGAUAAAAUACUGGAUGUCACAGAGGAACAAAAAGAUACUCUAUCCUCUGACUCGUUGGCGACAACAGUUUCUUUGCUAUUUGAAAUACUGGGAAAUACCAUCGAAGGAUCAGCAAGGAGUGUGCAGGAGUCGUUACCACUCAAUGACUUUGAGCUUGAAGGGGGGGACCAGAGUUUCAGUGCCUUUCAGAGUGCACUCAGUGCAGCAACUUCCGUUUCGGAUAGUGAAGGCUCAACAACUGAGUGGACACAAGAGAAGGAGGAAAAUCUUCAAAGGAAGAGGGACAAUGGUCGCGUGGUAGUGACGGCUGCUAGAAGUAAGAUAGAAAACAGCAAGAAACUCCUUGCAGCAAAUAUGCUUGCCAGGGAACCUGCUUUUCACAUCAAGUCGGAUACGAUUACCAUGACAUAUCAGAAGCACACCUGUGACAUGCUGACAAAUGAAGAUGUCAAUGAAGAAUUUGGUAGCCUCACACUCCCAUCAACAGCCAAUCUCUUCAGUGACCCUGAUGCCGUUUGCGGUGUCCCCAUUUCACGAACGACAAUCAGCACUCGGUUGAAUUCAUACAACUGGGAAGAGAGCUCUGACCGUAUCUCACUCAAUUCUGGCAUCAUGGAAGUCGUCUUGGAAACUUUGGAUGGCGACCCCAUUCCAGUCUCUGACACCAAAGAACCGGUUAUAAUAAAGGUUGAGCGGAAGAACGGUGAAGAGCCAGGCUGGACCGAGAUUACUUCUGAAUCCUUAGUGAACGUGACCAAUGUGACGUAUCACAGCUUUGAUAUCCUCUACAAUAACACAGCAUUCACCGUCCAGAUACAGGCCGAGAGCGAAUCAUGCUAUGCGUUGCUUCUAGGAUUCAGCGGUUUCCCAAAUGCAAGCAGCUUCGACGACAUAAGAGUUUUCCGCUACGAUAGAGAUGCCAAUGCCACAACCGAUAAAGUCAUUUACGAGGCUUUUUACAGCAACUCCGUGGUCGGGAACAACGCUAGGAAGUACUAUGCCAUGCUGCUUGAGCUUGACUGUGUUAAGCUCUUCAAUGACUACCCUGACUUGUCUUCUUCAGAAGAUAACCAGCUUCUAUGGGCGGCGGGAAAUACCAGCCAGAAUUUUUCAAUGCCUUACGGUUUCCGCAUUCUUACUUCAGGAUGUUCUUACUGGGAUGAAGCAGACGAGAUGUGGCACCAGGAUGGAUGCGAGGUUUUAAGCAGUACAACCUACAGUGAGCAGUACUGCAGCUGUAACCAUCUGACAUCCUUUGCUAGUACCUGGAUUGUUCCCCCAACACCUCUCGACUUUAACUACAUCUUGGAAAAUGCUAGUUUCACUGAAAAUCUCACCAUCUACAUCACUACCAUCGUGGUCUAUGUGUUCUUCUUCUUUAUUUUACUCUGGGCACGACGUCGAGAUCGUAAAGACCUAUUGAAGCUUGGAGUAACACCGCUGACGGACAACAACCCAAACCAUAACUAUUACUAUGAAAUUGUCGUCUUGACUGGGCAAAGGAAAGCUGCUGGAACAGACUCUAAAGUUAGUUUCAUCUUGUCUGGUGAAAAUGAAGAAACAAAUGUACGAGAAUUUGAGGAUGACAAGAGAAAGAUAUUCAGACGAGGAGCUUCUGACCGAUUCCUUAUGGCUGUACCCGGGCCUCUGGGAACAUUGAACUACAUGCGUAUCUGGCAUGACAACUCUGGCAAAGGAAAGAUGCAAGGAUGGUACGUCAAAUACAUUGCUAUCAGAGACAUCCAAACCAGGGAGAGGUUUUAUUUUAUCGUCAACCAGUGGUUCUCAGUGGUGGAGGACGACGGACAGAUUGACCGGCUUAUUCCAGUAGCAGGCCGGGAGCAGAUGCAGAACUUCUCCCACCUGUUCAGCAACCACUCCCGCAAGAAUUUCAACGAUGGCCACCUGUGGUUCUCCAUCAUUGCGCGUCCUCCAGGGAGUCGAUUCACCCGGUUCCAGAGGGCUGCAUGCUGUCUGAUGUUCCUUUGGUUGGAGAUGCUUGUGAACAUCAUGUUUUACAAGGUUACCCCACCUCCUGCUGCCACCAGCCCCAUUGAAAUUGGCCCAUUGAGUCUUUCUCCUGCUCAGAUAAGCAUUGGAAUCCAAGCCAACCUCAUAGUUUUCCCAGUAUCUCUUCUUGUCGUCCAAUUCUUCCGGAAAUCCCGUCCCAGAAAGAUGAGAGAGUCUCGCAUCAAGCUAGCUGCAUUGGUCAACAAGCCUGUUCGGAAACUGAAGCGCCGACCUCGCAAGACAGCACCAGCGGAUUACUCCAAGUUGGAAGACUUUGCAUCACCGAGCAGAAUCGUCCUUGAGGAAAGCAGUAAGCCGGCGAUGAUGAUGAACCCAACAGCAGGUACUAGGGCUGAACCUAGUCUGGUCGUCCCACCCAUCCCCGGUACCUACGACGAGAGUGUGGCCCAAGGCGGUAGAGGCGCGGGUUACUUUGGUGGGGAUUCAUCCCCGACUCCGCAAGGGACAGGAGAUGCAACAGUCUUGAUCCAACCGGAAAAACCGAAACGACGCAAGAAGUUUUCUUUUCCUUGGUGGUUUGUCAUUAUUGCUUGGAUUGUGUUAAUCUUAACUCUGGCGGCAGCUACCACCUUUACAGUGUUCUAUGGCAUCCAGUUUGGCAAUAAGGAAGCUAGUGAAUGGCUCUGCUCAAUUGUUGUUUCCUUUGUCUUUGGAAUCUUCCUCACACAACCCAUUAAGAUUCUUCUGGUUGCGACCUUCAUUGCCUGUAUUAUCAAAAGCCCUAAUGCUGAUGAGGAUACCGAGAUGGAAGAGGAUGAAGAGGAAUUUGAUCUCAGACCUGAUGAAGAGUACCUCCACACAGUCUCUGGUACUGUGUCAAGAAAGAAGCGAAAACUGCCCUACAAGCCACCUGAUCCAGAGGCGUUGGAAAGAGCCAGAGAACAACGUCUCAAGGAGAUUAAGAUGUAUUCCAUCUUCAGGGAGAUCUUCUUCUACGUGGUGUAUCUGUGGGUGGUUCUUGUCAUCAGCUAUGGCAAUUCGGAUCCUUCAGCUUACCGAAUGCAAGAAGACUUCUUCAACGAGCUUGUAAUUGGUCCUGAUUCUGUUCAUUCCUUUACCAAGAUCAACAGUCAUACAUCUUUCUGGGCCUACCUUCACACCACCCUUGUACCGACAAUAUUCCCCCAAACCUGGUAUAAUGGUGAUCCAAGUCCAGAACUGGAAGGAUUUCUUGCAGACCAGAAUGCUUUAAUCCUCGGUUAUCCUGUACUACGACAGGUUCGCGUCAAAAGGGGAGAGUGUGAAGUGGUAUCUGAAUUCACAGACAUAGUACCGGAGUGUAAUGUUGCCUACUCCGUAACGGAUUCAGAUGAAGAAAACUAUGGGCCCGGAUGGACACCGUACAAUCCAAACAUAACAGACAGACCGCAAUAUAACUACACAGCAUGGGAUGACAUAGAAAGUUACCCAGUACUUGGUCGUCAUGCCCUCUACUCUGGAGGUGGGUAUCUUGCCAAACUUCAGGGGAAUAAGACCGACGUUGAAGCUCUCCUGGAUCAGCUCUACCAGGAGGCCUGGCUCGAUAGAUACACACGGGGAGUGUUUGUAGAGAUUGCUUUGUACAAUAGUCAGGUAGAUCUAUUUGGGGUUGUCAGUCUGUUGGCGGAGUUCCUGCCCACUGGUGGCGUAGAACCUUUCUAUCGUAUCGAUAUCAUUCGUCUUUACACCUACGCUCAAGGUUUUGGGGCUGUUCGUCUUGCUUGUGAGAUCCUCUUCCUCGGAUUUAUUGUGUUCUUUAUUGUUCGUGAAAUCAACAACCUGAGACGGGAGGGGGUUAAAAAGUACUUCAAGACCUUCUGGAACCUGGCUGAAUGGAUCAUCAUUGCUUGUGCUAUCGGAGCAACAGUUGUCUAUUUCUAUCGCAAAUAUGUCACAGCCAACCUUCUUGAGGAAUUCAAGGCAACCCAUGGGACAGAGAGGAUCAACCUUCAGUAUGUUGCCUACUGGAAUGAAUUACUUACGUACCUCUUAGGUGUUGUGGUCUUCAUCGGCAACCUGAAGUUCAUCAAACUUCUUCGCUUCAACAAACGCAUCGGGAUCCUGUCGAGCACCAUUCAAAGCUGCACAAAAGAUCUGAUCCACUUUGGUAUCAUGUUUGGAAUCUUCUUCAUCGCUUACGCACUCGCCUUUCACCAGAUGUACCUCCGCCAUCUCCUUGAUUUCUCUGACUUCAUCUUUACCAUGGAAACACUUUCUGCUGCCAUGUUAGGCAAAUUCCACUAUGCUGGUAUUGCUGAAACAAAUCGGAUCCUUGGCCCCAUCUUCUUCUUUUUCUUCAUGAUCACCAUCACGUUCAUACUUGUCAACAUGUUCCUGACCAUCGUAAUUGAGGCGUUCUCUUCAGUGAAGCGAGACAUCACCCGCCAGUCCAACGACUAUGAGAUGGUCGACUUCAUGAUCGGUCAGCUAAAGAAAUGGGUGGGAUGGAACAACAAGACCAAGCCAGAAGACAAGAAGACCAACCCUGUGACAGAGAUGGACAACCAUGAUCCUAUGACAGAGUUCCCUGACAAGGUUGACCAACUCCUUGACUGCAUCGCCAAGGUUUACUUCGAUGCCUCCCAAUUUGAAGACAUCAUCCGCGGGAUGGGUGGGUCAAAGGGGGAGAAUACCAACACCACCAAGAAACGACCGGUUAAAAUUGCUUUGACAGGAUAAUUUGUAUGCACAGCUGUUACGUAAAAAAAAUGCCAAACUUAAUGAAAUGAAUGAUAUAAAAUUCAACUUUAAUUCAAACUGCAUAUUGUGACAAAUCAUGUACAAAAAUUUUGUACAAACGUAAACAAUGAAAAAUAUGGGUGGAUUAUCUUUCUCAUACUUUUGGCCGACAUUUCAAGUACUAGAUAUCAACCAUGACUCAGAAGUAGAAAUAUUCACUCACACAAAAUACAUAAAUAAUCAAUGAUCACUCUUAAUUUGUCCCGUCCUCUGUACAUAAAUGCUCUGCUGAGUGCAAUGCCCGUAAAUGCCAUCCAUAUGUACAAAUGGUAUCGUUUAUUAUUGUGAUUCUUAAUAGAUUAAUUUUGCUGUGAAUUAAUAAUUUAGUGAAGGUGGUGUUUGUGUUUGAAGUGAUAAGUGCAGCCAGCUUUGUCUUAUCUGCUUGUUAUUUUUCCUUUUUCUCUGGCCUAGACCAAUUGCUGACUAAAUGUGAAUUCAGACGACAAAUGGUAAUAUUGAAUUGAUAAACUGAUUGGAAUGAUAGAUCCGAUAUUAAAUCAAAUUUUCUGAAAACAUGUUGCACUUAUUUGUGUUUUUUUUCUAGAUAUCUAGGAAUAAUUGCUUUUGAAAUUAAAGAUUUAAAGUAGCCUGAGCUAUAACAGGGAAACACUUAAUCCCAAAAAGACUUAUAGCAUUAGUUACUACCGAGUAUCACCUGCUAUUAUAGUUCAACGAAAUUGAUUUGACUAAAUAGAAUAAAAUGAAGCUCACAUUAUACUGGAAAUUCUUAUUUGGGUUCAUGAAUACAGCAAUAUGCUAAAUGUUUGCAAAUAAAGUGAUAUUAUAUCAUAUUUUGUAUUGUAACAAUUCAAUAUACUGUAUGCUUGAAAAGUGAAGAACAUGAUUUGACACCUCUAAAAUGUCAUUAACCAUAAACAGUACUUUGGAAAAUAAUAUUUUGGAAAAGGAAAAAGCUUGUAUUAGAAAUUUCAUGUAAAGAUAGUGAAUAGUGGAUGAAUGGCAGUGUGGAAGAUCAAGUGCUCACUGCUCAUGUUAUCCAGACAACUGUUUUCUGAACAUCAUUUGACAUUUUUAGUAUUGUUCUAUAAUAUUUGAUUCUCUUUACUUAAAUAAUGUAUGCAAAAAAAUCAAAUUAUUUAGAUAAGGAUUGAAAUCACUUGAGAUCAACCUGUUUUAGGGUAUAUAUUCACUCAUGUCUUUCAUUGUAAGUCUUUCAUUGCUUUUUUUGUAUAAUGUAUUUCACUUACCGGUGAUCAUUAAAUUAUCUUGAUCUGUAUAUAUGCCUAUAAGAUACACUUUCCUUGUUACUUUAGUAGCGCCCUGAAAUAUCACAGUAUAUACAUCGUCAAGAGCACCUAAUCCCAUUCUCAUAACACUGAAAUAAUUUAGACACUAAGGUACAUUAAUAGUAAUGGGUAGCCACUUAUUUAUUUAGUGUGCUAGAUUCCACCUUAUUCACCCAGUAUAAAUUAUCUUGAUCUGAUGA